GAACCUGUCAGUGGGAGUCCUAUGUUGAUCAUGAUCAUCGUUGUAAUUGUAGCAUGUUAGGACAACAACAGCUAACGACCACAUUUUCUUCGCACCCAUUUAUCACCCACAUAUACAUUGGAACUCACGUCAAUGGCAGGAGUGGACUCAGAUACUCUAGUCGUAGAUCUAGUUUUCACAGUUUUAGAAUUCGAUAUCAACGUACCGCAUCAGACGUUUUCCCGUCUGUCCUGGCUUGUCGCGAAGGCCAAUAACUGCGAACUUGGUCGAAUUGGUAUCAAUGCUUCUGGCACGAUAGCUUGGGGCGAGACCUUCACGUUCACUGCAGUCCAUACGUCGAUCUUAUCAUUUAGCGUAUAUGGGUUUUCCGACAUUGAGGAGUCCAGUGAAGAACUGCUACUCGGCGAAGGAAAUAUCACAGUUAGUGAUAUGCUAACUCGUAGUAACGAUGGUGUAUUUGCUGGGAGAAUGCUAAUUUACGCGAGCGUAUUUCCCUGGGCUCAAGGUUUCCGGUUCCUUCACCUAGUAGAACUUACAUAUGUAGUUGAUAUGCAACCAGACGUUGAAUGCGGUAACUCUGGUACUUACCUGCUGGUGGCUUUCCUGGUCCCUCUCUGGUGGCGAUGGGGUCUCAUUCACGUAGUGUUUGUGGCUAGCUUCUUAUUCUGGUUCCGCAAGAAAUUUUAUCUUGACGGCUUGAUAAAUCUGGCGGAGGCUCAUUCAGACCGAUAUUGGCGGACGGAGAACAGUGGAGACUUGAGCUUAGCGAUAAAACUAUGGGAAAGUGCUAUAUGUGUUGGUUCAGCAUCCCAUCCCAUUUAUCCCUGGUUCCUCGACAAACUGGCCGACUGUCUGACAGCUCGCUUUGAGCUUUCAGGGGACCUUCAAGAUUUGGAUGACGCCAUUGAACGACGCCAUACCGUACUGAUGUUACAUCCAUCUGAACAUACGGACCAUUCUUUGAUGAGGGACAAGUUUGUUGGUGCAUUUCUGUUUCGUCUUGAGCAGCUGCCCCCAGAGCAGUUCAAUGAUGCAGGCCCUCCCGGUGAUCCCACCCCGCUUUCACUAUUAUAUGAUCUUGCAACCGCUCUCCACGCUCGAUUUGAGCAAAGAGAUUAUGGUCCUUACCUCCAGUUAGCCAUCAGCUACCUCAGCAUAGCGCUGGAGCGUUCGUCACCAGGACAUCCUGAUCGCUCUUCGUCGCUCACUCAUCUCGCUAUCGUUCUUCGGACUCGCUAUCGACGCCAAGGAGACCAACAGGACCUUGCGCUAGUGAUUCACUAUCAUGAAAUUGCCCUGGACCUCCGGCCACCUGGCCAUCCCGAUCGUUAUUCGUCAUUGAGCAAUUUGGCUGAUGCUUUACUGCUUCGCUUCAGAGAUAAAGGAGACUUUCAUGACGUUGAGUUGGCAAUCGAGCAUGCUUCAAGUGCCUUACAUCUGUGUACAGUCAAACACCCCGACUACCCGUCGUGUUUGGAUAACUACGCCAAAGCUCUUUAUACUCGUUUCGGAGUUCAGGGCGAAAGUAGAGAUCUCGAUCUGGCAAUGGCCUAUUUUGGUAGCGCACUAGUGUUGCGACCACCGGGACAUCCUAAGCGUUCUUUGUCACUCAACAACCUAGCCAGGGCCCUACGUUCUCAGUUUAAACUGAGAAGGACCUUCGCGGAUUUGGACUUGGCUAUAGAUUGCUAUAAGUGUGCCCUGGACUUGUGUCCUCCAGGGCAUGCGAACCGCUCCCAACCCCUGAACAAUCUUGCUACUGUGCUGAUGACUCGUUUGCAGGAGUACGGGGACAUUCGAGAUUUAGAAUCAGCAAUUGACCAUUUAUAUAGUGCCCUGGCAUUGCGUCCCCCAGGACAUCCUGAACGCUCUUCCUCGUUGCUUGGCAUUGCCAGAGUUCUCAUGAUGCGUUAUGAUUUGCGAGGCAACACGGAAGACCUCGUCCUUGCGAUACAUUAUGACUAUUCUGCAUUAGAACUACAGCCGCCUGGACAUCCUCGUCGUGCGACAACCUUAAUGGGUCUAGCUGUAAGCCUUUUGCACCGAGGCACCCCCGAAGAUAUCGAGCUGGCCAUCAAGUACUAUCGCGACGUUUUGGAGUUGCGUCCGCAAGGGCAUCCUGAUCAUCACUCUUCAUUGCACAAUCUUGCCACGGCACUUUAUACUCGUUCCGGGCAGCAAUCUGGUAUUGGAGACCUAGAGCUUGCGAUCACCUACUAUAGCAAGGCACUAGAGUCGAUUUCGCCGAGGCACACUUAUUGUUCCUUGUAUCUCACCAAUUUGGCCGAUGCUCUUGUUUCUCGCUCAAAGCGGCUAGGGCAGCCUACCGACCUUACUUCUGCUUUCGGUCACCUACACGCUCUAUUGGAUAGCCUACCACAGGCACAUCCACUCCUCUUCAAUGUCUACAAAACCUUAAGCCGAGCGCACAGCUUGCGACACUCAGUCACCCAAGAACCAGCUGACCGGGAUGAGGUGUUUGCGUGUUAUAGGUUGGCUUCCACCCACCCUGCUGCAGGAUCCUGGAAUUGCUUAUUAGCCUCCCUAAAAUGGAUUGCAGCCAGUGAACAGCAAGAUCACACGUCGAAGCUCGAAGCUUAUCGAACUACAUUAAACAUCCUUGACCGACACGUUAUUGCAACUUCCUCCAUUCAAAGGCGGCAUGCAGCACUCAGACUAAUCCCCCCAAGUAUCAGUUCAGAUGCAGCGUCAUGCGCAAUUCGUGAAGGCCAACUCGAUGUGGCCGUAGAGUUAUUAGAGCAAGGCAGAGCAUUACUAUGGGCACAAUUGGCCCGAUUUCGCACACCACUUGACAGUCUUCGAAAUAUUGGAAGUCAUGGACAACAACUAGCCAGGAAAUUCGAGCGGAUAAGCAGGCUGCUAGACAGCAAACAUGCUUCAGAUUUGCAGAAGUCACACGAAUUUUUCCCCUCCGAACUUUCAAUAGCAAAAGAUGCUCGUCAUUAUCGGGAAUUGACAGAGGAUUGGGAGACAGUCGUAGAGCAAAUACGGCAGACCGAAGGCUUCACCCAUUUUCUCAUGUCUAAACCGUUUUCAGAAUUGCAAAGUGCAGCCUUACACGGACCGGUAAUUGUUGUCAAUAUAAGCAGGUAUUCCUGUGACGCUAUUAUUGUCUUACGGUCUGGGCCACCUCGCCAUCUCUCUCUUUCCCGCGUGACUUAUGAGGACAUCUCGUCCCUAUCGACAGAGUUUGCUUCUGUGCUGAAGAAGACUGCAGCUGUAGGCGAGGAAAGGAUAAGAGAGAGGCAGCUGAUACCUAUAUUACGCCAACUCUGGGAGUGCAUUGUUUUUCCCAUCGUGAAGCUACUCGGAACCAUUGAAAGUGAGGUCCCGAAAGGCUCUCGGAUCUGGUGGUGUCCCACAUCAAAGCUCAGCUCUUUACCACUUCACGCUGCAGGAUCAUAUCGCAGAAAACUUGAGCUCAUCAAGAAGCUGGCUCCAUCAUCGAUAUCAUAUUCACAACUUACGGGGAAUAGGGCCACUGUUGAUACUGUAAUUGAUGCAUUCCGAAAAAACGAAUGGAUCCAUCUUGCUUGUCACGGCAAACAAGACCUUUCACAGGCAUUCGAUUCGUGCUUCGCUUUGCGGGACAAAUCUUUGAGCCUCAUGGAUAUUAUACAUGCUGGUCUGGAUCAUCCUGAAUUCGCUUUUCUCUCAGCUUGCCAUACUGCAGCUGGUGACAAGGAUAUGCCAGAUGAAGUAAUCCACUUGGCCGCUGGGAUCCAAUUUUCCGGGUUUCGUAGUGUUAUAGGCACGAUGUGGGCUGUUGACGAUGCAACCGCGUGUCAUAUGGUUUCUCAAUUUUACUCCAACUUAUUUCAAGAUGGAGCCGACUACACGCAUGCCGCCGUCGCACUGGACAAAGCUGCGAAGACAGUGAAUAAGAAGGAAGUACCGCUAGAUCAAAGGAUAUAUAAAUUAUAUGUUACAGUAAAUACUAAGGGUUUCAAUAUGUCAGCAGCACCAACAGCUUCAAGCCUCAAAGAUGCAGGAAAUGCUCUAUUCGUAAAGAAGGACUAUGCUGCAGCCUACGCGAAAUACACCGAGGCAAUCGCAGUUGAUAGCGAGAAUGCUGUCCUUUAUGCUAAUCGAUAUCUCGAUGGUUUCUCUGACGCAAAAAAGGCUACAGAAAUUGACCCAACAUACGCAAAAGCCUGGGGUCGAUUAGCCACUGCCCAAGAUGCUUUAGAGAGCUACACGAGCUCUAUCGAAUCAUGGAAGCGGGCCAUUCAAGCCCUCCCCGAAACAAAUUUGUCACCAGCACAGGACCAACAGAAAAAGGAAUGCACCGCGGCGCUGAAAGCUACGACGGACAAAUUCAAUACCUAUAAAAACACUCCUCACGUCGGCGUUGUGGUUCCAAAUGCCGAACAAAGAAAGACUCCAUGGCAGUUGGCUCAAUAUAUGUUGCCGGAACUGCGGCGUCGCCAGAUGGAAACAGACUUCAAAGAAGGCGUCGAUAAAAUGAAGAAGGUCCAGAAAAAGCACGUAGGAGGAAAUCGGUAUAUGUUGGGUGGGAUGACCGGAGCCAUUGAACAACUAACAAACGGUCUUAUGCGCGACGUUCGAGUCUUUCACCUGGAUGACCCCAAAUGGAUGGAUUAUUACAAUCUGCAAGUCGAGCUUGAAGCUCAGAAGAGCAAUGCCAAUGCGUAGGUUCAUCAUGGGCCCGAGUUUAUCAUGGCGGAUGCUCAAAAACGGCAACGUGAGCGUGGAUGGGACGAUAUACGGUCUGCCCUGUCGGUCACUGUGUGUGCUUGGAUUAUGCGUGCCAUUAUAGCAUCUGGUUUGACCAAUGCUCAUCAAUCCGCCGUAGAAUUCCUGAAACGAGCUAUAGAGGUCAUUGAGACCGGUCGCUCAGUAUGGAAGGAUGCAUCCAAAGAGCAAAGAGGGACCAUUUUUGAAGACUCUUUUUCAAGGGGUGUACAUACUCAAUAUCUGGAAAUCUACAAGCUUGCUUCCCAUGAGGAUUGCGCCGCGUUCCCACUUGACACUAUCUAUGAAGAGGCAGAUGACUUAAUCAAGGAAACCCGUGCGAACCCCCUAAGCACCACUGCAGCAUACGAUCCUGGAUUUAUCUCAUCAUUCUCCAUAUAUCCGAUUGGAGUUGGACUCUCAAUGAAAGGAUACUAUCACGCUCAGUCUGCAAAACUUGCCGAAGACAAAAUAGCAGAGCAACUGCACCACUAUUGGAAGGCUGCUGAAUUUUACAUGGAGGCAGCCAGCGUUUAUCCGGAAGAUGAUGAGAAUCAUGUAUGGUAUCUUCAUUGUGCUCUGACUAAUAUGUGGAAAUGCGGAACACCACUGAGGACAACGCUAGAUGUACUGAAGCGCAUUCGUGAUGCGACCCCCAAAAUGCUGAAAAUUUGGGUGGAUUCAACGGCAGCGAAAGCAGGAAGGGAUCAAGCCUUGAAAACGGAUAUGGAAGCACUAGAGGCACUACUCAUGGAACUUGAAGCUGGAAAUGUCUCAUUGGAUGAUCCUAUAAUUCCGCAAUGGGUUUAA